AGGUAAACAUGAUUGAUAUAUUUUUUUUAAAUUAUAAUAUAUGUAAUGUGUUAUGAUUAGUCAAUUGCAUAAAAUUACAUAUUGAUACAAGUCAUCGCUUUUGUCUUGGUUUAGAUGUAUCCUGACCCUCACAUCCUUCCUUUUUUUUAAUUUUUCUUUUUGCAUGACUCUUUAUAUAUGCAUUCAUUGCCUUCCUCCUUUUCUUCUUUGUGAGGCUCAAUCAAAUUCCUCUUAAUUGCUUCGCUUUUGUUCCCCAUAUCGUCUCUGUUUUCUUCUUCUUCCUAUGUUUCCUGAAUUUCUCUCUAUGUUUUCCAAGAAACAAACAACGAUUCCCAUUAUUCCAUUAAAUGAGAGAGAAAAAAACUUCAAAAAUAAAAAACCUCACGCUUCUUCUUCAUUCAUUAUCAAGCCUUACAUCAUUUACAAUUCCUUUAUUCUUCUUUCUUUCAUUCUUUGGUUUCUAAUUCUCUUCGUUUGUUUCCCAAAAUCAACACUGACAAACUCCAACUCCGACAACCAAAGUAAUCAUAAUUUGGUCCCCACUUGCGACGGAGCUCCAUAUGUCUAUGUGUACGACUUGCCGUCCGAGUUUAACGUUGCCCUUCUCCAAGACUGCCGCCACCUCAGCAUCUACACCGACAUGUGUCCCCACGUGGCAAAUCGCGGCCUCGGCCGCCAAGUCUCCACCAUCUCCACCGCCGCCAACAGUUGGUUCGCCACCCAUCAAUUCAUAGCCGAGAUGAUCUUUCACGCGCGUAUGGAAAAUCACCCGUGUCGCACACGCGAUCCCAACAUCGCUAAUUUAUUCUACAUCCCUUUCUACGGUGGGCUCCACGCAUCCAGCAAGUUUCGUGAACCGAACAUCACGGAGCGAGACGCGCUGGCCGUUCGAUUGGUUGACUAUAUUCAAUCACAACGCACGUGGCGGAAGAAUAACGGACGUGAUCAUUUCCUCGCACUAGGAAGAACCGCUUGGGACUUCAUGAGGAAUAAUGCAAAUGGGCCGGACUUCGGGGCGAAUUGUUUGCUGAAUCUAAACGCGGUUCAAAACAUGUCGGUGUUGACCGUGGAGCGAAGCCCAUGGACCGGGUCGAACCAAUUCGGUAUACCUUACGCGUCUUAUUUCCACCCGUCCACGUCGGAUGAGAUGAAGACGUGGCAAAACAAAAUGAGACAAUCGGAGCGGCCCCACUUGUUUACGUUCAUCGGGGCCCCACGUAAGGGUUUAGAGAAAGCUGCGAUACGGAACGACAUCAUACAACAAUGCGACAUGUCGUCAAAAUGCAAACUGGUGAAUUGCCGGGGGGAACGGGGGAAGGAAUGUUACGAUCCAGGGCAAGUUUUGAGAAUUAUGAGCGAAUCGGAAUUCUGCCUGCAGGCGCCAGGGGAUUCGUUCACUCGGCGGUCGACGUUCGAUUCGAUAUUGGCGGGGUGUAUUCCGGUGUUCUUCUCGCCGCACACGGCGUACACGCAGUAUUUAUGGUACUUGCCGGAGAAGGCAAGGGAUUAUUCUGUGUACAUUGAUGAAAAAGGGGAAGGAAGGAAGAAGAUUGAGGAAGUGCUUUUGAAGAUACCGAGAGAGAGAGUGAAGAAACUGAGAGAGAGGGUUGUGAAACUGAUUCCGAAAAUGACGUAUAAGCACCCCAAUUCCACUGAUUUUAAGUUCAAGGAUGCCGUUGAUGUUGCCCUCGCCGCACUAUCCAAGCGCAUGUCGUCUUCAGUGGGCGUGGGCGGGGGCGGCGGCGACGAUAUGUCCUAAUUGAAUUAUUUACUUUGUAGAGAUUGUUAUUUUUUCUGUUUUUUUGGGUGGAUUUACACCUGGAGAUUCCUAACAAGAAUAAUUUCCUUAUACAUUUUUAUACAGUUAUGGUAUAGAGUUAUUGAAUUUUGAAUCUCCAAUCUGUACAAGUUCAAUUGAACAAUCUUGAAAAUUUUCUAUUUAAAGAAAGUAAAGAGUAAAUGUG